AUGCCGUCGCCCGAGGCCCAGCUGCUGGCUGAUCUGCUUCUCGCGCCCGCCCCGCUGCAAGACUUCACCACCCUGCGCCAAUUCACCGACAUCUUUCCCCGCGGCCACCGCGAGAACCCGGCUGUCCCGCAGCUCUACCGCGAGCUCCAGCGCCUGCGCGCCCACGACAUGGAGACUGUGCGCCGCGACAUUGCUGCCGAGGUGCAGCGGUCCAAGCCACUGCGGCGUGAGUAUGCGCGCGAGCGAUGCAGACUCGACAGCACUGCAGCUCCUGGCCUGGACCCCGUUGCCCUCCAGAUCGAAGAUGAGCUCUCUGGUGCGCCUCACCAGACGCCGCCACACACACUCGAUACAGCACACGCGAGUAUGCAAGAGGCUUGCCGAGGCUUGGAAGCCCAGUUGGAACAAAUGGAAGAAGAGAAUAGAAAAUUAUUGGACGAGGUCCGCGAAGUCGUCGGCGCACUCAGCGACCUGCGCCAUGGCCGCUUUGCACAGACAGUUAGUGGCCAUGACCUUGGAGAGGAAGUGGUGGCUACGCUGCGGAGGCUAGAGGCCAUCUGUGUACAUCCUGCAGGCUGA